AUGGGACGUCGAGGAUCCACACCGGCGCCUCCAGAGUACCAAGAGGAUGAAGGAGCACAAGGCGCCGGCUCCGGUCGCCUCCGUCGACGUAGCAAUAAUAUGUCUGGACUAAGGCAUGAAGAUGAUGAUGAUAUAACUGAGUUCUCCUCGAGCAGCGAUGGAAGUGAGAACACAUCGGAAGACGAUGUCGAAUUUCGGAGGCGGUUAGAGGCAAAAAAGGGGAAAGGGAAAGGUAAGCUACCACGUCGCAAAACAGCAGACGAUGGCACAAGUCCUUCUUGUUUAGGACGCGCCGAUGAAGACGGGAACCCCUCAGAAACUAGUAAUUUCUGCACACGAGAAGGAGAAGACGAGAUAGACGAUGCUCCCGCCGACCGGAAUGUUGAAGUUUGUACGUGGGAGGAGCAGGCAGAAGUAGCCCGGACGUUUCACAAACCCGAGCGCGGCCGUGCGGGUCCGUCGUACAGCGCGAGAUGGACAAAGGUGGGCAACAGCGUGUCUACCCUCACCGCGGAUGUUCCAGCGGCAACAUCGAAAUCGUCAGCAACAUAUAAAAAUGCAGCUCCACGGGAAGAAACCUUUGACCAGCACGGAGAAGCACCCGGCGUUGUUGGACCCUCUUCUGUAUUGCCUUCACGGCGAACAAGAAGAGGCGAGGAUGCUCUUGGCUGCGGGAAAAUUGCCGAAAGUCGUGCGGUCGUGUGCCAUGCCGGUGAGACUAGAGAUGAUCAAAACUUUCGUGAGCAUAGCGAUCGAUGCAGGAGGAAGGGGCAUGCUGUGGCGAAGCUCGAAGCGCAACCGUCGCUGAGUAGGAGAAUGAAGAAUCAUGACGCUGCGACCUGUUCGUUAACAUCAAAGCGGGGACGAAGUGACCGGCAACGAGAAGGCUUUCUUGAGGAUGAUUCUUGGAACCAGCAUCAAGAGCAGGUGCAGGCUAGCAGAGCGUGCGAUCUUGAGCAGACAAUAAGGGUUGGGAAGAAAAAGUCAUCUUCUCCUCCACCCGAUUAUCACAUGGAAGAAGAUGAGACGCCACUUGAACGAUAUUCUCAGAGCCCGACGUGGUUAAACAGGUCGCGUUGUGAUGAAGGAGAGUUUGACAGAGCUGCGUCUGAACAGAGUCCUCGACCAGCUCGGUUUUGCCGACUUCCCCUCAUUGGAGGCCCUGCGAUGCGUGGUUGAAACCGUGGCGUAAGGAGCUCAACAAUUGCCGCCUUUGAAGAAGAAAGCGCUUCGGGUUGCUUCUUUAUUGUUGUACUGCAUUUGUAGUUAUAGCCAUGAUUAGCUUAUGUAGUUCGAUUUUUUUCGACUGACUGCCUUUCGUUUAUAAUCGAUUUCUGGUGUUCGUGUUUUCCUGAAUUUCUCCUCACUGGAUUCUCCGGACAUCGGAUUCGACUCUUCACCCUUCCUGUCGCUACUUUGAAAGCAAAAAAUCUGAUGAAAAAUGCACCAUCUUGUUCGCUAGGUCUAGUAGAGUAGAAGUUGUUUUGCAAACAAUUGAAAAUGAUUGUGGCUUUGGGCCUAUUUUACUCGCACAAUAAUGAAUGUCAACGUGCUUGAUGCCUCGGCGCUCAAACUUUACUGGGUUACCGAAAUCGAAUUGAGAAGUUGACACCCACUAUACCAUACAUCGGCUGGAAUGGAAUUGCAGAAUUGUUCUUUUUGAUUCCUGCGCUUAUGAUAGAUACACAUAGUUGCAAAAUUGCCAAUUUGCCAACACUUUCGCAACGGUUUCUUUUUCUAACGAGCGAAGCGGUUCAUUUCUGGAAACGGACACCAUCCAUGACGUGCCUAAUUAGCGUGGUGACAUGACAGGCAUUGUUGUUUAUUGAUGCUCAUGUGUUUUCAGUCUUCAACAAGGAUAUAAUUCCUGGAGCAGAGGGUCUGAUCGGAUGUGUGCUCGACGUUGUCUUUGUCCUCUUUGAUGUUCCGCAUCAUCGUGCAAAUCCGAAGCUGUCGAAAUCUCCAUAGUUAUUCUCUCCGACCCGUCCCGGCCAAAAAAUCCGAGGCAUCGAAG